UCUCAUCGAAAGCGUCGAAGCAACCAAAUCGCAUCGAACACCCGAUAAAUCGGCGGCUGCUCGUGUAUAUCCAGCUACUUCAUAAAGGCCAACUACCCACCUAAACUUAACCAAAACCCAAGCCAGAACUAACACUAAAAACAAAACCAAAGCUAAACUCAACUAAGUAAACUAAACUAAAAUUGAAGCCAAAGGCUGUUACAACUUUUGCUAUUAGCAAAGUUAGACCAAAAAUAGAGAAAAGAUUCCCAGACCAAGUAAAAUGAACGACAGUCGACGCAACACGGCCACUGAAUUCAGCUACAUACUGCAGCGCCAGGGCAGCGAUGUGUCGGUUGCCGAGGCUUAUGCAUUCGAUGACUUCAACAAUAUAAUGAAGAACAACCAUCAGACACAUCAGCAACAGGGCCAGCCGCAACAACAACAGCAGCAGCAACAUCAGCAGCAGCAACAGCAGCAACAGCAGCAUCGGCAACCUUCGCAGCAGCAACCACAGCAGGAUGCCGGACUGGGCGACACGUUGUCCUCGCUGCCACAGGCCUCGUUCAACUACAUCAACUCCAUCGUGGGCAGCGGCGUCAUCGGCAUACCCUACGCCCUCCACAGGGCCGGAUUCGGCCUGGGGUUGGCCCUGCUCAUCCUGGUGGCCUACAUCACCGACUACUCACUCAUCCUGAUGGUCAGAUGCGGCCACAUUUGCGGUCGGUUCAGCUAUCCAGGCAUCAUGGAGGCCGCCUAUGGCAAGUACGGCUACUACUUGCUCUCCCUCCUGCAAUUCAUGUAUCCAUUCCUGGCCAUGAUAUCCUACAAUGUGGUGGUGGGCGAUACGCUGUCGAAAGUGCUGGUUCGCUUCUUUCCCUCCUGGGGCGGUUCCAUGGGCGCCGUGCGGCUGGGCGUGGUCUUCUUCGUCAACGUGGGCGUGGUAAUGCCCCUCUGUCUUUAUAAGAACGUCUCCCGGUUGGCCCGCGCCAGCUUCAUUAGCCUGGCCUGCGUGGUCUUCAUCCUGUUUGCGGUCAUCAUCAAGCUCAUGUCAGGCGAUUAUAAAGUGACGGACACGGCGGAGUCCUGGCGGUUUGCCAACUCGGAUCUUAUCCCGGCCACGGGCAUCAUGGUCUUCGCUUUCAUGUGUCAUCACAACACCUUCCUCGUUUAUCAAUCAAUGCGCGACGCGACCAUGGAGCGCUGGGAGAAGGUCACCCACAUUUCGAUUGGAUUCGCCUGGACGGUGGCGGCCCUGUUUGGCAUCGCUGGCUACUCCACCUUCCGCGCCUUAUCCCAAGGCGAUCUGCUGGAGAACUAUUGCUGGGACGACGACCUGAUGAACUUCUCGCGUGUGCUCUUCUCCAUAUCGAUACUGCUGACCUUCCCCAUCGAGUGCUUCGUUUCCCGCGAGAUUGUGCGCGCCCUCGUCCAUCGGUUCGUGCUGAAGGAGCCCAUCAGCGAGUUCACCCAGGACAAGGACCCCAGCCUGGAGAAGGGGGCCAUAAUCGAUGAGUACUCGAAAGCCAUUACCAUGGCCAUCGUGUUCAGCGCCUUCGUCAUCUCGCCCAUGACCGACUGCCUCGGUUCUGUGCUGGAGCUGAAUGGUCUCCUGGCGGCCAUACCCUUGGCCUACAUCCUGCCCGGCCUGGCCUACAUCCAGAUGGAGCCGCACGCCCUGCUCAGCCGCGAGAAGCUGCCCGCCCUGGGCCUGGUGGUCUUCGGAGCCCUGGUGACCAUCCUGGGGGCGGCGGUCCUCCUGCCCGGGCUAAUGGGCGGCGACUGCCGGUCGGAUAUUGUGAUGGGCUACUGCCGGCAGGAAUUCCAGAACUCCACCGCCGCGAACUAAGUGGGCGGAAGCCGGAGUCGGCCCUCAAUUUAGGCUGCUGGUCGGGAUCGUAUUCGUAUUUUGUUUCCCUUGUUUGGGGUUAUGACUCUUGAUUUUUUGCCUUGGUUCUAAACACAGCUGCACCAUGUCGCAUCGAAAGAAACUUGUACCUGAGUCCCAGACGUUCAAAGUAUCUGCGUAAGUAAGUAGUAGGCACAGUGUUGAAUUGGCUAGUGGAAGUGUGAUACGGGCGAACCUCAGUACAAAGGCCAGGCAUUCUCUCCGAUCGAGCAACCCAUGCAUAUUUGCACCGGAUAGUUAUUUAUUGCAUACAUUUCGUUGGAUCCCCGUUGUUGAUGUCGAUAUUGUUGAAAGUAGUGAAAGUUCCUCGAUAUAUAUGUAUGUAUGUAGGUACUCUGGAGUCAUUAAAUUAAAAAAAAAACAAAAUGAAAUGUAACAAAACGAAACGAAACGAAAAGAACGAAAGCAAACUAAACCAAACUAGAACUAGAUGUUAUCCGUAGCUUUAGCGUAGUCUGAAACUAUUUGGGCACCAAUAUACACAUGCAAUCCUUAACGACAACCGACUAAUCCCCAAGUUGAGAAGCAAAUCAAAAUCGAACAAGUAUUAUAUGUAUGUACCGACAACCAUUUGUAACUAUGUAUGUAUGUAUAUCUAUGCCCUGACGUUACCGAAUCAUAUUCCAACGUUUUAUAUAUGUAUAUGUAUACAAGGAGUAGAUAACAGCGCUUUAAAAACAGAAACAAAAACUAAAAUCAAAUACUUUCCAUUGAAACACAUCGAUUUAAACAACAGUUUUGAGUUGUUAACGGCACUGAAUUCUAUUUUGAAUUGCGUAUAUACACCACACACGAUCAAAUAUUUAUAUAUACACUCGACAAAGAUAUAUUUUUCUACAACUCUUGAUUUAUACUGCACGAUAUUAUGUAAAUACAUGUGUAUGCAUUUUUGGAUGUGAUUAAAGUCUUUACACUCUAUACACAAGCUUUCACUUCUUACUUUCUCCUCGGGGCUGAGAGAUCGGAACCAAGCUGAAGACCCACCCCAUUAACUCUAUAUUCUAAGAGCUUAAACACUACAUAUCAUGGCCAAGGAACACGGGACAUGCCCAGGGCUUUUCUAAGAUACUUUUUACGAGAUCUUAAGAUCUUACCAACUGAAACUAUCGCCUAUACACAACGAAAACAGAAUCGGAAACGGAAACAGCAGAAACAGAACUCUAUUUCUACAGACUUCUUGUAUAUACACGCUAUAUAGAUCCGCUUGUCGUACGAUAUUUCUCAUGUUCUCAUUCGCCAAAUAUCUUGUUGUCUCUCUCUCUUUAGCGCUAUACUAUAUAAAUACGUAUAACAAAGAAGUAGUAGGGAAUUAGGGAGGUGUUGAUCGAUUAUAGCCGAAUUGUAAUUAUUAUUAUUGCCGUAUUAUGCAUGUAGCGACAAAUAUAUACAUAUAAUAAAUUGUUUAGAUGGGAUUGUAAGCGAACAGAUCGUAUAUGUGGAGAAGUUUUAAUUUACCACGCAGGCAUACCCCAGAGAUAACCAAAUCCGAUUUCAUUCCAAUAGUACAUAUGUAUAGAUAAGCUAAACCAAAAAAACAAAAGUAUUCUUGAAAUAAUAAAACUGCAUUUUAGAAAUAUGCUAAAACAAACACUGCGGUUUUGAAAUCCCUAUCACCGCAUUUCCAGAAACUUUCUCAGGCGCUCUG